AUGGCGUUGACAAAACGAGCGCUAGCCUACCUGCUGGACGAGAAAGACCCAAAAAUCAGCAAUUUCAUUGGGAACAAGUUCCUGCCUCCGGCCGAGAACGAGUAUCUGGAGAGUGAGAAUCCGGCAACUGGAAAGGCUUGGCUGAAAGUCCCCGAUUCGACCAAAGAUGAUGUUGAAAACGCGGUGAACACGGCGUAUAAGGCGUUCGACAGGUGAGUGUGGUCUUCGAAAUAUAGUUUACAAUGAUGCCAAUAAAAUUUCAGUUGGUCCUUGACUUCGCCAGACCAUCGAGCCGCGCUUUUGAACAAAGUUGCCGAUAUUGUGGAGCAACAUUUGGAGGAGUACGCGCAGAUCGAGUCGAGGGAUCAAGGAAAGCCGGUUUCAUUGGCUAGGUAAGUGCAUUACUUCUUUCUUCGCUUUCUCCAAAGAGCGUCGAAUUUUUGUCGCAAAAUUUUUCGCAAAGUUUUUUGCAUUGUGCAUCCCACUUUUGAACUGUGCUAUUCGAAAGUCGCUGCGACGUACUGGGCGGCCCCGGGGUGAAAAUUUUCUGAUUUUUUUCGGGAAAAACUUGGGUUAGGGGUUUUCGAAGGUGCUGAUUUCGAAAAUCAUGUUUAUUUUUUCUGAACUUUACUAGUUUUCCUUAAGCAGUAGUGUUAAAUAAAAAGUAACUUUUUGAGAUUUUUCUAAAACUACUGGAUAUAGGGGUUUUCGAGGGUGCUGAUUUCAAAAAUCAUGUUUAUUUUUUCUGAACUUUACUAGCUUUCCUUAAGCAAUAGUGUUAAAAAGUAAUUUUUUGAAAUUUUUCCAAAAAUACUGGAUUUAGGGUUUUCGAAGGUGCUGGUUUCAGCAAAUUUUUUAAAAAUAUCUAGUACAAUAUUGGGGUAGGGUGGGUAAUAGGUGGAUUUUUUGCAGCCUUGCUAUACAUGGUUUAAAAGCGCACUUUCUGAGCUUCAAAACCGUAUGUUCAACAUUUCUCGUAAUGCAUCUCAAAGCUCACUGGAAUUCGCAUAAAUCGACGACCCAAAACUACACAGGACUUAUGGGACCCCUAAUAUUAGAGAUAAUAUUAUUAAAACUUCACUUGAAAAAUUCAGACAGUAUUUUUUUUCAGAACCAUUGAUAUUCCACGAGUAGUGAAAAAUUUCCGUUCUUUCGCGGCCGUCAUCCAAUGCCAUACCAGUCCGUAAGUGGUAAAAAAAAAUCGUUUUUUCAGCAUGAAUGAUGUAAACCAGAUUUAAAAAAAAUAAUUUUUUAGAAGCCGACUUCUUGUCGAGCCUUAUAGCGCGUUGAGUUACGUAAAAAACGAUGCGGUUGGAGUCGCCGCGCUGAUUUGCCCAUGGAAUCUGCCGGCUUAUUUGGUAGGUAAAAUCUCGCUUUUUCCACGGGGUCGUUCAAAAAACCUCUUGCAUCAUCUAAAGCCUUUUUCAGCUCAGCUUCAAGUUGGCUCCAGCUCUUGCGUGCGGAAAUACGGUGGUCUGCAAGCCGAGUGAGAUGACUUCAGCCACCGCGUGGGUUCUGAUGCACAGCUUCAUCGAUGCGGGAUUCCCAUCGGGAGUCGUCAACAUGGUCAUCGGGACAGGGCCGAGGGUUGGCGAUCAUUUAGUGACUAAUGAAAAGGUAGAGUUCAAAAGCAAGACAUCUUAAUACUAUAGUGGCGGGCCUGAUCCAGUGGCAAAAAACGUACCAUUUUGUAUCCGGGAAGUACCUAAAAUGUGGCGAAAUGCUUCCCUCUCUAAGUGAAAAAACUUCGUUUUGAAGGGCGCGGAGUUUUUUUUUUUUGAAAUCGGAGUUUUUUCACUUGGAGAGGGAGGUUUUGCCACAUUUUUGUUACUUCUCGGGUGCAAAAUGAAACGUUUUUUGCCACUGGAUCAGAUCCCCACCGUAUAUACAUAUAUUUAUAUAUCAGUCAGUCGGGAAAAUAGUGAGGAUUCAUUCGUAUCGAAAAUCGCAUCGCCGCCGAGAACAUGGCUUGUGUCGCGGUAAAAAAAGCCGCCUUUCAAUUCAGCGACGCGAUCUGCCCAUUAGCAUUGUGCUCACUAUUUUCCCGACAGCUGAUACGUAUAAUAUCCAAAAACACGCAUUUCAGGUUCCUCUAAUCUCCUUCACCGGCUCCACGGCCAUCGGCAAGAUGAUCGGCACGAAAGCCGCUCCUUUGAACAAGAAAGUCUCACUCGAAAUGGGCGGCAAAAAUGCGGCUGUAGUAUUCGCGGAUGUGAGUCCGGAGAAAGUGUUGCCCGUUCUGGUUCGGUCCUGUUUCGCCAAUCAAGGAGAGAUCUGUUUGUGUACUAGUCGGAUCUUUGUCCAACGCGCCAUAUACGACUCUUUCAUGGAGCAGUUUGUGGCACAAGCCUCUAAAGUGAGUAAAGCUCGAGAUUAGGAUAUAUCUCAGGGCUUUGUUGAGCUGAAAAGUGCUUCCAGUAGCUUUGAAAAAACGCGAAUUUUUAAGACACAAGAAGAAUCUUAAUUUUUGGCCUUUUGGGGUUUGCCCAGACUCAGAUAGCCCUUACAGUGCUCUUAUAUUUUCAGCUAAAAGUUGGAUGUCCAACGGAUGCUUCAACAAAUCUUGGAGCCCUCGUCAGCAAGGCUCAUUACGAAAAAGUCGCUUCUUAUAUUACCCUAGCCGAAAAAGAAGGCCUCGCAGUUCAUUGCGGAGGCCCAGUCAAGCUGAACGGACCACUCAGCGGGGUAAGUCAUCACCUAAUUUGGCAUUUUACGGCAUGUUGAACUCCAUGAAUUCUAAUCCAAAGUUUCCACAUGAAUUUCUUUACAGGGCUAUUUCAUUGCUCCGACGGUAAUCUCGGGCGCUUCGGACGACUCCCGAUUGAUGCGCGAGGAGAUCUUCGGACCCGUCGUUGUUGUGACUCCGUUUGAUACGGCCGAUGAAGCCGUUCGACGGGUGAAUGCCAGCGAAUAUGGGCUUUCGGCAACUGUUUGGAGCGAAUCCAUUGAUAAUCUGACUUCUGUUGCGAACCGUCUUCGAGUUGGCACUGUCUGGUGUAAUUGCUGGCUGGUAAGCGGUAGCUAUGUAGAAAGUAGACGGUCUAUUUCCAAUUUUGACGUCAGGACAUGCUAUAAAAUCGAGUUUUUUUUUCAAUUUUGGCUUUAUUUUUUUUAAAAAUGGCCAAAGUUUUAGAAUGACCCAAAAAUUCGUUUUUCGAAGGGCAAUCUCAAACUUUUUUGGAAAUAAUGCUGGCUAUUACUUCAUUUUUUAGAUAGAUUAAUACUGAUUUGCAUAACUUUACCUUAAGGGCAAUUUCUUCCACUUUUUCUAAGGACUUCCCAAAAUUGAUGACGAUUUUUUAAAUCGCCAUAAAAUCUUUAAUUCUUUCGGAAUCACCAUACAAUUUUGUCUGAGUACGUCCUACUACUUCUACUUUCGACUACCACAACACGAGUUUACAUUACAAUUUUCAGGUGCGCGAUUUGACCAUGCCUUUCGGCGGCACGAAGCAAUCCGGCUCCGGUCGAGAAGGUCUCGAAGACUCGCUUCAUUUCUACACUGAACAGAAAACUGUCUGCAUCAAACUUCCGUGA